UUACUACUGGGUUGUUUUUCAUUUCUCUGCAAAGUUACAUGUUCUUGCUUUAAUGGUCUGUUCGUGGAGGUUCUUUGAUGGGUUCUGAUAUCUAGUUGGUUUUACUGAGUUAAAAUUGAAGAUAGAGAGAGGGAUAGAGAGAGGAAAAUGGGGGAGAAGUCUGAAGUUCUGGAGGCUGUUUUGAAGGAAGCUGUUGAUUUGGAGAGCAUACCCAUUGGGGAAGUUUUUGAGAAUCUGAGAUGUAGCAGAGAGGGUUUAACCACUGAGGCUUCGCAACAAAGGCUAGAGCUUUUUGGGUACAACAAGCUUGAGGAGAAAAAGGAGAGUAAAUUCUUGAAGUUUUUGGGAUUUAUGUGGAAUCCUCUAUCAUGGGUCAUGGAAGCUGCGGCAAUCAUGGCUAUUGCCCUCGCCAAUGGAGGAGGAAAGCCUCCUGAUUGGCAAGACUUUGUGGGUAUAAUUACUUUGCUUGUGAUUAACUCGACAAUUAGUUUUAUCGAAGAGAACAACGCAGGAAAUGCUGCUGCUGCUCUCAUGGCUCGUCUCGCUCCCAAAGCCAAGGUUCUUCGAGAUGGAAGGUGGAGUGAGGAAGAUGCUGCUAUUUUAGUACCCGGAGACGUAAUUAGUAUAAAACUUGGAGAUAUAGUCCCUGCAGAUUCUCGUCUUCUUGAAGGCGAUCCUCUGAAAAUUGACCAGUCUGCUUUGACAGGGGAGUCUCUUCCUGUAACAAAAGGCCCCGGAGAUGGUGUUUACUCUGGUUCUACUUGCAAGCAAGGAGAGAUUGAAGCUUUGGUCAUUGCCACAGGGGUUCACACCUUCUUUGGGAAGGCUGCUCACCUUGUUGAUUCUACUAACCAAGUGGGCCACUUUCAAAAGGUCUUGACAGCAAUUGGAAACUUUUGCAUUUGUUCUAUUGCGGUGGGAAUGCUAGUUGAGAUUAUUGUGAUGUACCCAAUUCAAGAUCGGAAGUAUCGCCCUGGGAUUGACAAUCUACUUGUGCUACUCAUUGGAGGUAUUCCAAUUGCCAUGCCAACGGUUUUAUCAGUAACAAUGGCCAUUGGUUCUCAUCGCUUAGCACAGCAGGGAGCUAUUACAAAGAGAAUGACAGCAAUAGAAGAGAUGGCGGGCAUGGAUGUGCUUUGCAGCGACAAGACUGGAACUCUGACUUUGAACAAGCUCACCGUUGACAAGAAUCUUAUUGAGGUUUUUGCCAAAGGAGUAGAUGCGGAUACUGUAGUUUUGAUGGCAGCUCGAGCAUCGCGAUUAGAAAACCAGGAUGCAAUUGAUGCCGCUAUAGUUGGGAUGUUGGCUGACCCAAAAGAGGCACGUGCUGGCAUUCAAGAGGUACACUUCCUGCCCUUCAAUCCUACUGAUAAGAGAACAGCAUUGACUUACAUUGACAGUGAAGGUAAAAUGCAUAGGGUCAGCAAAGGUGCUCCAGAGCAGAUUCUAAAUCUUGCCCACAAUAAGUCGGACAUAGAGCACAGGGUUCAUGCUGUGAUUGAUAAAUUUGCAGAGCGAGGUUUGCGAUCACUUGCUGUAGCAUACCAGGAAGUACCAGAGGGAAGGAAAGAGAGCGCCGGAGGUCCCUGGCAUUUCAUUGGUCUCAUGCCUCUCUUUGACCCACCCAGGCAUGACAGUGCAGAGACAAUAAGAAGGGCCUUAAAUCUUGGAGUAAAUGUUAAAAUGAUUACAGGGGAUCAAUUAGCAAUAGGAAAGGAAACUGGACGCCGCUUGGGAAUGGGAACCAACAUGUAUCCUUCUUCUGCUUUGCUCGGACAGAACAAGGAUGAGUCCAUUGCUGCUUUACCAAUUGAUGAGCUCAUAGAAAAAGCUGAUGGUUUUGCCGGUGUCUUUCCUGAACACAAAUAUGAGAUAGUAAAGCGAUUGCAAGCUUUGAAACACAUCUGUGGAAUGACUGGUGAUGGAGUCAAUGAUGCUCCUGCACUUAAGAAGGCUGACAUUGGCAUUGCUGUUGCCGAUGCAACUGAUGCAGCUCGGAGUGCUUCUGAUAUUGUCCUUACUGAACCUGGUCUUAGUGUCAUCAUUAGUGCUGUUUUGACUAGUCGAGCAAUUUUCCAGAGAAUGAAAAAUUACACGAUUUAUGCUGUUUCUAUUACAAUCCGUAUUGUGCUUGGUUUUAUGUUGCUGGCCCUGAUAUGGAAAUUCGACUUUCCACCUUUUAUGGUUCUUAUCAUUGCAAUCCUCAAUGACGGUUUGUUCUUUCUUCUCCCACAUAUCUCUCUUUCUGAUGAACAUUUAUGGACAUGUGUCUGGUUGCUUACAUUGUUCAAGAAAUGUUUUCAUGGUUAUUGAAUUUAUUUAUUUAUUUAUUAUUUGUAAUGGAAAUAACUGGCCAACAAUGAUUUUGAAAUUGGAAGAGUUUAGAUGGUUUGCUCUUAUUUUCUCCUUUAUUUCUUGGGUCAUUGUUAAAAGCUCAUGUACUCCUCAUUGCCUUAGGUA